ACGGAAACGCAUAAUGACUGGCUGCAUAUUGGCCGAACGUUCGCAUCCUGUGAUAAUAUUCCAGUUAUAACAUCAUUGACAGCUGAGUACAACAACUAGACCUUAGUGAGAACUUCGCCAUGAACACUUCUAAGAUUUCCUGUGCAUUUUGGAUUCUUUUCACGCUGCUGAAAGGAGCGCUGUUGAUGACAUACCCACCCAAUGUCAAGAGUCUCACUGUGGACGGGGGCGAUAAUGUCAUCAUCGAUGAGGGCCAGGUGGUCAGUGUCUCCUGCUUCUUUGAGAAGGGCAAUCCCCCAGCUCACUUCUAUUUGCUGGAUAAACAUGGAACGAAGCUGAAUUCCUCUAGUUCUGAAGGACACCUUAGGUCCUCUCUUACUGCGCGGUGUGAAGAUGACUGGCCAGUCGUCAGGUGUGAAGGCAACGGGUCACAACAUAAUAGAUCCGUGAUACUACUCGUCAAGUGUCGUCCUCAGUUUAUUGACAAGUCAACAAAAGUUGUUAAUCCUGCUCUUGACACCGUAACAUUUGGUGUCAAGUCUCACACCACAGCAGUCAAAGGAUGCCUCUUGACAUCAGUUUCUAUAAAACAUUACACCGAGAGGGAAGUGAACUGCACUCUCACUGGUCAUCCACCUGACCUCAUCCUGAGUCUUCAGCUUCAGAAGGAAGAGGACAGUUUAUGUAGAAUGUGGACCUUGACUCUCAGCAAUGACUGGGGUUCUUCCAACCCAAUCUUUUUUGUCAGAGAUAGAUCAACGCAAGAGCCAUCGCCAUCUUCAGGGAAAACAAUAAACAUUGAGCUUGCAUACGCCAUUGUGGUGACUGUUGUUUUGAUUCUUGUUGUUGGUACUAUUACCAUUAAAAAGGUCAAAGAGAGAAGAUCUGGCCUACAGAUGGGAGCAGAGAUCGGUACGAAAGUGUAAGAGGAAACUUACCAAGUAAGUCAUUAAACAUAAUAUUUUGAUUUCAAUUUCUUAGUUAUUUAUCAGCUUUGUUUUUUCAUCUUUUUCACUUUUCAUUUUCAAAGUAAAGUAAACAGAAAGCGAACAACCUGGUUUGAGAGGCUGAGCGAGACUAUCCGAGUCGUCUCAUCAGAACAGUAACAUGAGAAUACCCGACUAUCACACGGGUGUGUGUCGGUUGAUCUCAAAGCUCUGUUUCCAGUCAACUCCGAUACCACGUGAUAUGCAAAUGAUGCUCGUAUCCUUUAUCCUAAAACACGUACGCGUUCAUCAGGUCUGUUAAGAGUUACAAGAGAUAGGUGAUAGCAAUACAUAAAUAUGUUACAUGUAUUUGUUAAAAUAUCUUGGUAUACUUUUCUUUGUUUCCUUCUGAAUUACCAUGUCCAAUGAUAGCUUAUACAAUGUUUCUCUUGUUGUGUCUUUCUUUUUCUUACAGUUUGCAGAAAUGUUUGAGAUGAGUUUUUAAUUUUUAAAAAACCUUAAAUUAGAGUGAAUCUGAUAAUAAAGUGAUUAUUAAAGAAACAAAAAUUUCUGAGGAAAAUUGUUAAAUUAUUUGAGUAUUUGCUAAUUUUGUACUAAAUUUUUCAAUUUCGUUAACAGAUGCUUUUUUAUUCUGCACAUAUUUUAUUUAUUGCAUGGUUAUUGUAGUUAUGUUCUUCUCUUGCCUUAUAAAAUUGAUAAUUACCAGGUUUCAAUACAAACACUCUUAAACAGUGGCUAAGUUCAUUUUUUUUAUUUCAUGGUAUAUUUAUUUAUUUUAUUUUCAUGUUGUUUCGUAAGAGCUAUAAGCGUAUUUACGAUAGUCUAUAAGUCACUGCAUGGUAUGAGCACCGACAGACAUACUGGAUGUGUGUACGCGUCCAUGGUAUGAGAAACGAAAUAAACUAACGGCAGCAUUCCUUGGUGAGUACAGUCAAUUUUCAUGGCAUAUAUCUGUUUUGAGCAUUAUUUAUAUCUAGACUUAUUAAUGAAGUCCUGAAAUAGUUUUCCAACACAAUUUUUUCUUCACAUUUUUGUUCUAAUCGUUGCUGCAAUUAUUUUGUCGUUAUACUGUAGUCCUCAAAGAGACUGGCGUUGUCAAUAACGAAUCAUUUUACUGCAUGUUUGACAGGAGACACCACUCUAUAGUGUGAUGUUGAUGGGCUGACCUUCUCAGACCUAGUCAAACAAGCACGUGUGAGGCUGGACAGAUGAAUGGAUUGCCCAGACCAGUGGUCGUUUUUACUGAUGUUUUGUUGUAAUGAACAGUUUGUACUAGAGUGAAGAGUGUCUCACUGUUGGAGGUCUGACGGUUAAAAGUACUUUUUGAAUAGGGAAGAAACUGUUAUAUAAAUGUAAAGUCUGGUUCUUUCUUAUCUGUACUCUCUUUCUAUGUAUACUUCUCUCUGCAUGUUAAAGAAUAAACUACCGGGACAUCUGAUGUAGGAGCAAGCAGAAAACAAAUUGAAAAAGAAUGUGAAUUGUAUGAUAUAGAGAAAGGUGAUGAAAGACUGAUACCAAAGCAUGAAAAUAUUCAACAUUUACAUUACUUGCAUUGUGUAAAGAGUAAAAGAACGACAAAACGAUGAAGUAGCUUAAACCAAGACAUGUAAAAAGACAGUAAGAAUGUUUUGACUCUAGGGUCAAAAAGCUUUAUGAAGAACUGGCUUUCUUUUAAAAAGAGAUAAAAGCUUGGUCUGUGUACUUAUGCAGUGAAAUUUUCAUCAUAAACUUUGGUAAAGAGUCUGCUUCGCUGCACAAAUGAUGAUGACGAUGAUGAUGAUGAUGGAGUUUUAUAACGCGCAAUUUCCGUAUCACAAAGAUACGCUCAAUGCGCAGAAACAAAUUCAACUAUAUGGCACUUAGGUAAUGGACAUUUACAAAACUGUCAUUGGGAGAUAUGCAUAGAUUAUUUUAACACACACACAUACUGAUAUGAUGGUGUGUGGAAUUUACCUUACAUGUGGAUUUUUAGUAUAGAAUUUAUUGUAUCGGUCUUGUGUGUUUAUAUGUGUGUUUGCCUCUGUAUUACCCCUAUGUAUUUGUUUAACAGGGGAAUAACAUGAUGUUCUACUCGAUGUAGUUGUGGUUUCAUUUUACACAGUGUGUGUGGAUUCAAAGUGUUUUCCAUUGUUAAAGUAGUAUAGAGGAAAAAGAGUAUUCAUUUACUCUGACACUGCCUAGUAUAGGAAUCACAGUUUUUUUCAGACAUUAUUCAAACUUCAUAGCAAAAUUUCAUUUCGAGAUUGUAUUUUUUGACUGGCUUUUAUUUCAAAGGAAGCAGAUAAGCAUUCUUAUUAUGCACUAAUUUUAAGAAGAAAUAUCUGCAAAAUGUACAUCUUGGCUUAUCUCCCUUCACUUGUAUGGCAUAAUACUGCUGUACCUACUGUUUAUCAACCAGUCUCUCUUUUCAUUCAGAAUGUGAUGUCCCCAUGUUUACAUCACUGUCACAUACAAAACCACAUUCAAAACAAUCAGAGUAAGCUGACAGUAGACAAAGUAAAUAUUCAUGGGCUAAAUUAUUCGAAGGCCUAGUAUUUUUAUAAACAAAGGAUGCACCAUUUAGAUGUCAGAAUGGAGAACAUGAAGUCUCUCCAUGGAUUCCAGCGAACGCCUAAUACACAUGAGAUGUUACGCAACAUUACAAAUCUUUUAAAAAGACUUUUAAAAGGAUGUACCUUUGUAUAAUUUACUAUUUUUAAGUCUUAGUAUAUAACAACAAUAAUUGACAUUUUUUUCUCAAACUUCUAUGAUCUUUAUCAAUCGCUUUCUGUAUAGAAUUCUGAGUUGAGUAUAUAAAUAAUAUAGCGACUUCUUACAAUAGUCCUUUCUGUUGUGUUAUAUCUGAAUACAGUUGAGUUUAAAGCAUCAUGCAUUUCUGUGAUUCUGUGAUCUAUGAUGGAUUUUCUUUCCAAAAUACUGUACUCUACAAUUAUAAAAGUGCAUUUGUAUAGACCGCUUCCCCAUAAAAAGAUAACACAUUGUACAUGAAGGUGAAGCCAGUCUAAUAAACAAAAAACGAAUUAUGCUAUAAUAAAAUACAAUGUACAUACUAGCAGUCGAUAAGUUUAUGCAUUUUCUAAAGUCACGAUAUAUUGUGGAGCAGUAUCCUGGCUUCUAGUUAUAGCACACAAACACCUUUUGGGAAAUAGUAGCUUCAAUUUAGUCAUGUGUUUGGUUAAAUGAUAGUGCUAUUUGUAAUGAAACUUCAACGUCUUAUAUUGUAUUAAACACAUUGUCAUAUUUGCUAGUUCUUUUAUCUUAUGUGUUUACUUUUAUAUUUGUAUGUUGUUGAAAUAUCGAAUUAUUAACAUGUAUGGGUGUGUGGGUUGUACUUGUCAGUAGUGUGAAAUAAAAAAAUACAAAGUUA